AGGUUCAGACAGAAUUAGUAUUACUAUCGCAAAAGAAAAACCAGUUACUGGCUGACGAAGAAGAAGACCAGCGGCGAAAAAUGAACCUGAAAGCUUUGCAGGAGGAGAAAGAAUCUUUAAGGUUAGCUAGAGACCUUCUGCUACAACAAAAAGAAAGGAAUUCGGCACCUGGUAAUUCAUCGAGGAAUUCCGGAGAUGGAUGGAUUUAUGUUUCCCGGGAGGAUGCCGGAAGUUAGCCAAAAAAAAUGGUGAAAUUGUGUAAAGUUGACCGUGAGUGAUCUGCACUCCGAAAAAACGAUUGUCGAUAAACUUCAAGAUGAAUUAACAAGCCAUAGUUGUUUUUCGAGAUGUGAAAUCGCAGUGUUAACUGCUUAGUGUUUAUGACUGGAAAAUAACGGCAAAUCAAACAGUAUAAACUUUUAUGGCCGGAGAUAACUAUGGCAGAGCUAUUUUCCGGGUAUGUUGGCCGUGGUCUGUGAGUUUUUCUGAGUGACUACAACUGCGGUGGAUAUUCUCAAAAGUGAUAAGUAUACGAAAGAAGUGCUCAAGUUGUGAUACUGAGCUGAUACUGCUGAUACUGCAUUAGUCGAAUGUUCCUCCAGUUUUCUCCUAUUCUCCCUAUUGGUUAAAUCAAAUGACCUGAUUUGUGUGCAAUUCAGAACACUUAGCCAGAUUUUAUUAAUGUUCAUUCACCCUUCUUUCCCGUUGAAACUAUCUGUGUUUAUAAAUUUCUAUCGCUACUCUGGAUAGUCACUCUGAGUUUUGUCAAGUAUUCGUGUUUCUUUGAACUAGAUAACGUGAAUUUGCCGAAGAUCACAGUUUCUCUUGUACUUACACUUCUCUUCGUAGACCGACCCACAGCUACAAGGGUGUCGCAAAAGACUCUCUGGGGUCCGCAGCUGACCAUCGAUUGUCUCUGAUAUUCAUCAUUGGCCUGAAUAUGGUUCCACACUGGGUUUUCCAGAAUUCUCCGAAAACAUUUUUUGGUGAUUAAGUUCCUCGUGGAGACUCAGGUUCACAGAUGCAUAGGGCCCUCUGAAUUACAGAUACCCAUACUAGUGAGUUUCGUCAUGAUCUCCUUGUACAUGAUGAUUUUUGUCAAAUACAUUGUAGGGCUGAUUGGAGAAGUAUUCUCAGCAGACAUAACCGCUCUGUUCACUUAUCAUCGACGUUGUAGGUUAAACACCAGGCAUAAAACCUGGAGACUGACGCCUACAAACCCAAAAAAUAGCUUUGACACAAUAACGGCAAAUUUAUACAUCAUAGUCGUUGUUUGAACUGUCUCGAUUUCAGUCUCGGCCGUUAUCUUAAGCAUAAUUUCAAUUCUAAGACUAGUGAUAUGUAACAUAUAAUAAUCUGCGUCCGUUCAAAAAACGUGAUUUUUUUUAUGAACAUUGUGAGCAUUUGUUGUACUACCCUGAAAAUAAAAAAAAUCAAAACGAACACCAUUAAUCACCAGCUAUCAACAGUCAACACAACCUUUAUUUGUAGGCCAUUACAUAAAGUGAAGAAGUACCUGGAUUUGUGGAACAGUGGGCGUGCACAUUGCUCUGACUUUGUUUUAAUCAUAUGUAGUUUUGAAAGUUGAAAUUCAGAAUCUUUCAAGGUCACCAGUUAAGAACAAAAACUGUGACGAGAAAAUAAUAUGUGUCAAUGCUUUUAUAAAAACAUACACAUCUUAAUUUUUCUUGAUAUUAAAGUCAAGACUGAAAUUAAGAUAGACAAGGACGAUGAUAUCUCAAUUGGCCCUGACAUGUUGAAUGACUAUGGAAUAGAUAUCGUGUGAUAAUGGAGGUUUACAGAUUUAAAGAAAUAUAAUUUAUUCAAUGUUAUAUAAUAUGGUUGUCAAUAAUUUUUCUUGUUCAAAUUGUACUGAGAAUUCAAUUUAUUGGUUUUUCAUUCAGUUCACUGCAUUGAUUUUGAAAAGAUUGAAUUUUUCAUUAAUACUGUUUCAUACUUAAAAUCUCUUACUUUAAUUUGAUGAUAUUAUAGAAUCAAGCAAAUUGACAAAUCGAAAUACAUUCAUAAUGAAGGAAAACAUAUUCAAAAUACAUCAAAUUUUAUCCAUUUUGAAAUUAACAAAUUAUGUGGCUAGAGUGAGAUGAACGACGCGACGGCACAAAUUUAAGAGAUUGUUAUUUUUACUUGUGAAUGUCAUUUGUCAAGUAAAUUGUUAGUUAUGCAACACACCCAGCCAUUGGGGUACCAAAAAAAUUACUCAAUUAGAA